AUGCAACAUUUCUAUAUAAUUGCCAUAAACUCGGGCCUGCAUAUUCUAGAUAUAUUUUGGCCGAAGCUUUUAUUAAGACGAUUCGAUUUGAAACUUCAAACACAUACAGAAGCUAGAUCAUCAAUAGUACGAAUCGCACACGACACCAUGACUGUAUCGAUUGAACACGAGUCCAUAUAUAGUCUGGGAAUCAAGUGUGAAGAGAGAGAUAUCCCUUCGAUUGAGUUUUUGAACCUUUAUAAAGAAUUUUAUAAUGAAAAAUUCUCUCAAAAUAUUGAAAAUGAAGAAUCUGACAGCAAUAUCAAUACUGAAGCUGAAGUUGCAAGCGUAAUAUCUGAUGACUUCAUUAAACUUUUGAAUUCAAGGAAGUCAUUGAUUUUGGCAGAUUAUGCUGUUGAGGUUUUGUUUGUUAAUUAUAAUAGUACUUUGAUUGAGGCUUUCAUGCCAAAAUUGAACUUGAUAGACGAAUCUAUGAUGUUGAUCCAUUUCCUAUCUAAAAUCUGUCUUUUUUUUACUAAACUAACAGAUAGAUUAGUCAUUGACCAAUUAAACAAAGAUCUGUCUCAAAUCAUAAUACCUAGCAUAUUGAAUGCGGACACAAAUACUUCCAGCAAUGAAUUGAUUGUAUGUCUCUGUAAAGUUUUACAAGCGUCCAUCAAAUUUAGCGCUUCUCCAAUAGUUAUAUCGUCAAACAGCUCUCGAGAAUCCUUUCAUUCUCUGAUGAAUCGCCUAUCAAAAAUCAAUAGACUGUUAUACAAGACAAUGCAGCAUUCAGUGGAUAUGAAGCUUUUAUUCAAAGGUGCGGGUCAUUUUCCUAAGGAUACCACACGAGAGUUUGUAAAUUCACCAACUAUUACAUCUCCUAACUUCGUUGCAAGCCCAUUAUCCACAAUGAAAACUCCAAUGUCCAGUUCUGCGGGCUCCAUCUCUGUGGUAAAAUAUAAGGAUAUGAAAUUAUUACGUUAUUACAAGAACUUAUGGCUCAAUAAUAAACUUCUAAAGUGGGAACCAGUAGAUUCGGAUUUUUUAAUGAGAUAUGCAUCUAUCUCUGGGACCCUCUUUCAAGAAACAGCAGCUUCCCUCCAGAAUUCUGACGCUAUACUUACUGAUCUAAUAGAAACAUCAUUCACAUGUUUUGCACAAUUUGUAAGCAACAAACAGUACCAUCAGACCAAUGCUAAUAUGAAUGUUCUCGAAAGACAAUGGAUCAUUUUCAUUUCAAAACAUCUGCCGUUGCUAAUACUGGAACAUUCUUCAAGAAAUCCUCAGGUAGUGACAAAUGCCAUGGAGAAGAUUGAUGCUAAAGUUAUUAAAGUUAUUAGAAACUACUACUCCGAAAAGGAUGAUAUGAAGAAUAGAAAUGAGGAUUUAUUUGACGACUUUUCUUCUACAUGUUUUGACUUGAGACAUGAUUUCAUAAAAUCUCUCAUUAUGUUGAAACUACAACCUGCAUCUUACAUUAAUGAGUUUCUAAGAGAUGAUCAGGUAGUAGACCCAAACUCUCUACCUAUUUCAGAUGACCUCAUUAUAGUAACAGCACAAGGUGUUCAAGAAACGGUCCACGAUAUUCCCUCUUUUGUUUCUCAAUCAAUUGACUCACUUGAGUUGCAAAUGAUUAUUCGACCUAAAACUGAAUCAUAUAGUAACGGACUCUAUCAAGUUUUAUGUUCUUUUGAAAGUAUUCCCCCAACGCAGCAAAGGAAAAUAUCCAAAACCAUAUUGGAUCUCUUGACAAAUUCAAUAGAAGUGCAAAAUUAUGGUAGAAUAGCUAAAAUCUACGGAAUUCUUUUUUUCAACUUCUCGCAUUCUCUUACUUAUGUCUUAUCAUUCUGUUCACCAAAGAUGUUUGCAGAAGUAACUAUGAAGUUUAUUGAUUUUUCCCAACAAAACACCGAACUGACCAAAAAGGAACCUUCAGAGGACUCAGAAGAGUAUAAUAACAUUUCACUGUCUUUAAGCUGGGCUCUUUUAUUAUUGAUUUUACUAGUUCAAGAUUACAAUGUUUCAUUGCGCGACGUUGCCUAUAUUUCAAACGAACUGACAAUAAAUAACUCAUUUUCAAUAUCCUUCAUUUCUAGCCUAUCAGAUAUUCCUGACGAUUAUAAAAUUAAUAAUAACCAACAAUUCAAUCUAGACUCUGUCAAGCUCAUACAAAAUUGGCUAUCUGACCUUUUCAUAAACGGUUCAAUAUCUGACACUCUUCUGCAAAAAACUGAUGUUAAACAGCUAUCUACACUAAUCCCGUUUAUUUUUAAACAAGUGAUGUUGGCACUUGAGAUAGGUUUUGUCACCGAUAUUAAUCAAAUUGUUGGAGGACUCGAAUAUUUCUUACAACCAUUCAUGCUUGCCAGUUUAAUAAAAAUAUCAUAUUGGCUGGAACAAUACUUACUAUAUUUGAAAGAUGAUAAGAACAAAGAGAAAUUGCUUGACAUGGUAUUUGUUAUUUUAAACUCACUUUUCAAUCCAAAUACCUUGAAUGAAGACUCGCAAGCCUUCCAUGUAGCCGUAUUAAAAAUUAAUGCAGUUUCACUUUUGAAGACCUUCAGGAAGUUUGGCACGCCAAAACAAUCUAGCUAUGGGGUUUACUCUUCUGAUUUACAGGAGCAGCCUGCAUUGAAUUCUAUCAUUAAUAAGCUAGUUUCGGUUCUGAAUGUUUCUCCAUUUUAUAAUGUAGAUCAAAGGGUAAUAAAUUCUGAAAAUAUGUACUCUGAAAGGAAGCCACUUGGUUACCAUGAGUUUUUGAUUGUUAACGAAAAUCCAAUAAAUAAAAUAAUGACAAACCAAAUCAACUCAUUUUGGAACUUGCAUAGCAGCACUUAUUAUAAUUUGGAUUAUUUACGAGAGGUGAUAAAUAUUGUGACACCAAAGGUUUUUUUGUACGAUGUUUUACAAACGUUAGACUAUAAAUUAACUACAUAUGGCGUUCCCGCGGCAAGGAACAAGAUGGCAGCAAUUGAAAGCGAUCAUGUAUUUGACUAUUUCUUUUAUUUCUUGGUCUUAUAUGACUGUGAAUCGCAUGUUGAAGCCCUAAAUAUGAUACGACUCUUCGAAGAUGAGAAUGAAGGUAAUAUUACCGGGACAGAUUAUGCAGCGCUCCAAAAAGAUGAAAAGAAUAUACCGCAACUUGAAGAGCCUCAAGUAAAACAGGAUGCCGAUGACGACUUUGAUAUGCUUUUUGGUGAAAACGAUACUAGUACACAUGUACCAGAUGAAGACUUGAAAAUAAUCAGUCUUGAACAUGAGAGCAAGAACCAAAAAUUGAAAAAUUUGUAUAUUUCUAAAAGGGAUUCAUUUGGUAUAAUUAUUCAUGAAGCAAGAAAAUCGAAAGAAACUGCUUUCAAGGACGGAAUAAUAACAAAGGAAGAGUAUGAGAGAUUUUUCAGAUAUUACAAAAAGUAUCUAAGUGCGCUAAAAAACGUGUGUAUUUUAAAUAAGCUUCUUACGUAA